AUGAGCAGUGCUUUUUAAACAAUGAGAGCCAAAUUUUACGGAAUUCGAAUGAAAAACAAAGCAAUUCAAAACAAAAAACGAUAUCAAUAACUUGCACCUAUUCAUUAUCACAUCAUAAAGGAUGUUUCUCGAAAAGAAUAUUAUUAGUAAGAAAAAUAAUGAUUAUUUUGAAAAGUGUCAUAGAAAACUGGAUAAGUUUGGGGAAAAGUAAACAAAUCUAGAUUUGCCAGAUUAAAAAGAAAAUUGACCAGAAAGUGGAGAGAAUUAAAGAAAUCAAAAUUUGCAUAGAAAAUAGCUAAAUCAAUAAAAUUCAUUCCAAUAAUAAAUCCAAACAACGAUUUGAAAUUAAUAUGGGAUAUAUUUUUAGCAUUUAUAAGAUUCUAUCUUUUAUUUGUAAUUCCUUAUGAGACAGCAUUCAAUAAUAAAUUAUUAUACACUUAACUUUUAUGGACAUUAUAAGUAUCAACAGCUUUAUUAAUAUUUGAUAUUAUACUAAACUUUAUCACGUCAUUUUAUGAAAAAGGAUAUUUAUAAACAAAUCAUUAAAAGGUAGUGUGGAAUUACUUAAGGAAUGGUUUUAUUUAUGAUUUAUUUUGUGUAGUGACAUUACUUGUGGUUUUAGCUUAGGAACUUAGUGAAUAGAAUAAUUAUAUUGAUUAUAAACAUUAAUCACUUAGAGAAUAUAAUUAUUUAAGAAGUGUAAUCAGUAUUUUAGGAAUUAUUAUUUAAUUAUAAAAUAUAAUAAGAGUAUUUCAAAGAUUAUAAAAUAGUCAAGAUUACUCAGAAACUACUUCAUUAUUAAUAGAUUUAGUAAAGUUAUAUAAUUUAUAUAAUAGAUUAAACUGGUUAUGUUUCUAUUCUUAUUGGAACAUUUGUUCAGUUGCAUUUGGUAUUUUGUUGGAAUCUAAGAAAUUGCUGAAGAUUCAUGGAUAAAAUCAAAUGGAUUAUAAAAUGCACCUUAUACCGAUUAAUACAUUACAGCAUUUUAUUUUUCUUCAGUUACAAUGUUCACUGUAGGAUAUGGUGAUGUAAUUCCUAAAAGUAAUUAAUUAAUAAAUCUUUAAUAGAUAUUUAUGAAAGAUUAGUUACAAUAGGAUUUAUGGUUUGUUCAACUUUAUAAUUAUCUUAUACAGUUUCAGCUAUUUGGAAUGUUUAUUCAAAAUUGAAUGAAAAGAGUGAGGAUCACAUUCGAAAAAUGAGAGCUAUUAAUACUUAUAUGAAGAGUAUUAAUAUAUCUAAUCAAUUAAAAUAUGAAAUUAGAGAAUAUUUAACUUUUUAUUGGAAGGAACAAAAAUUAGAGGAAAAUUUAGAAGUCAAAGAUACAAUUGGUUAAUUAUCACAAGAUCUUCAAGAAAACCUGAUAUUUGAAGCUAAUUCAAUUAUAGUAAAAGGUUGUAAAUUAUUUAAUGAUUAUUUUUCUCAUGAAUUUAAAGCUGAAUGCUUAAAGAAUGUUCAAUCAAUAACUCUUACACCUUGUAAACCUGUUCAUUUUGAUUAGCCUUGUUUAUUUUUUAUAGAGAGGGGAUCUAUAGGAACAUAUUUUAGAAAUAAUAGAUUAAGAUUAGCUACACUCUAAGUUGGAGAUAACUUUGGAUUAAGAGAGUUUAUGCUAGAUGAUAUACCAUCAUUAAAAUAUACAUCUGUGGCUUUUAGUAAAUUAGUAUUCAUUACAAAAAAAGAUUUUAUGAAAGUUUUAUUAAAAUUUCCAGAAGAUCAUGAAUAAUAUUGCUAAUUGAAAGAGUAACUCAUUUUUGAAAAAUCAUACUUUGCUAUGGAUUGUUACUCAUGUAAAAGUCUUUAACAUACUGUUUAAUAAUGUCCUUUACUUACUUUCAAUCCUGAUAAAGGUUCAGUUAUUAAAAAACAUUAAUAUCCUUUCUACUAAAAUAGAAAAUUUUAUAAAAGAAAAUUCGAUAAAAAAAGAAGGGCCAUUUUUAAAGAACUUAAAUAAAAUGAUAAUUUAGAAAAGUUAUAGCUUACUAUUCCAACUAUAGAAUCAUCUGAUUCUUCCGAAUUCGAAUUAAAAGAGUCAUAGAAAGCUUCCCAUUCUAAUUACUUUUAAUAAAUGGUAAGUGUUACAAGAAAAUAAUUUUCAAAUAGAUAAGCCUUUAAUAUUAAAUAAAUAAAAUAAAAAUUACAUCCUCCAAAUUAACCAAUAUAAACUUUAGAAUUACAUAAUCUAAGAGAUUUAGAUGAUGAUUAAAUUAGAGAAAGUGAUAAAAUUUUGUUAGAACAUCUAAAAUUGAGAUUGAAUCCAAGAGUUAAUUUAGAAUUAGAUUGUAUUAAGAAUUACAAGAAUUAUUAUCCUUAAUUUAAUUCUUCUUGGCUUUUUAAGAGUACAAAAAUAAAUUAGAAAUUCUUUGAAUAGUGGAAGUAAUUAAGUCUCUUUCUAACAUUUCCAUAUGAAUUUAUUAAGUAAUAAUAUUUAUUAUAAUAAUAGAAAAUAUAGAUAGGAAAUUUUAAGAGACAAUUAGCUUGUAAGUCCAUAAAAAUAGACCGAUAAUCAUAAAAAAAAAAAGAAAGCAACUGCAUUUUAUUUUAAACCUGUUUAAGCAAAAUGAUUUUGAAUAAUUAAUU